GAAAACAAUCUACAGUGUAACCGAUGUUGACGAUACAUCGUUUCUUGGUCGCUGCCUAACAACCACCGUUGACGGAAAAAAUAGAUGUGGAAGAAUAACAAUGGCAGACAAAUAUUCUUCAGAUUUGACCCUUGUUGUUAUUGCGCAGAUAGCACAAACUAUUGGGUACAGCAGCACACUGAGUGCACCUUUGGAGUUGUUACAAGAUGUAAUGCAAAAAUUUACGCAGGAGUUUGCCAGAGACCUCCAUGGUCAUAUGGAGCACGCAAAUCGAAUAAGGCCCAAUAUUAAGGACGCACGCCUUAGUAUGAAAAGUUUGAACAUAAAUGUUCAAGAGCUUUUGGAUUAUAUUGGAAAUGUCGAGCCAGUGGGUUUCACCCGGGAUGUUCCCGAAUACCCUAUUAGAAAAGCUGUGAAUAUGAACUUCCUUAAGCCUGGAAGCGCAGAAACCCUAACCCGACCUGUAUACAUAUUUGAGUAUUUGCCACCAAUGCAGGACCCUGAAACACGGGAGAUUCAAGCUGAUGCUCAAAAGGGAUUUUCCCAAAAACGUGAAUUUGGUUUAAAUUCAGAGUUUGAUGUGACGAGUUCGAUGACAAAACCUGGCAACAAUCACAUUAAUUCUCUUUCUCCCAACGCAAUGAAAAAUUUUCCGUCAAAUGCUUUUGACUCGGAUGUUGGUCGCUCAGUCCGAGAAAUGAGCAGCGUGGUAAUGACAACAGGCGGAUUUAUUAGUCCAGCUAUCGAAGGGAAACUCCCAGAAGCUUUCAUACCGGACAUAAUUGAAAAAUACAAAGGUCUGGAUGCGCCGUCUCCCGCGUCGAUAGUUGUCCACCCUUUGGAAUAUUCUCCAAAGUUGGUUAAAUCUGAAACAGAAGGAGCGAUAAGCUCAAAAAAAUUAAUACCUUACCAACAUUCAGAAACAAAAAACUGUAACCAAAACAUUGCAUUAUUGACAAGUGAAAGCACCGAGGCCUCAUUAUUAUUGCAUUCUAAGAAUAUUCCGAUGUCAGCCGCACUGUCUUCUACAACAUCUAAGAAGAGUAAAAAACAGAAACAAGAUUUAACAGGCGAACUCGGCCGAAAAGAUAAAUUCAAUAAUGUAUGUAAAACUGAGGAAAAAUCGCAGCGAAAAGCUUUAAAAUUGUAUCAAAAACUUUCAAAAAACCAAUGUGAUAAUUCAAAUGGUGAAAUGCUCCACUUAAAAAAGUCUAAGAAGCGAGUUAACCGGGGUAACAGCUCAUCUGAUCUCAGUAAUAUACAUCUAGAAAAGAUGCUAAAAAAGCAGGCUAAACAUGUGCAAAAAAGUCUUCAGAUUGAAAAUGACGCGAAAAGCUUUGGCUACUUACAAACUUCUCAAACCAUGAGCGCAUUUCCUUCUGAUACGAUUUUAAAUACAGAAAAUCCUCUUUCAGUUAAUAUCCCUAGUGAAGAAUCUGGGGUUAUAAAGCAGAUUGCGAGUAAUUCCCAAAACUCCAUUUUUUCUGUACAGCACGGUGCAACACAACCAUCUCCAAUUUCUGAAUCGGACAAAAAAAACACAUGCGAACCGGAACGAAAUAAGUUGGAUAUCUUUAAGAAAAUUUCCAAACCCCGAACCAUUCGUCAGGAUGGUGGCGCUAUAUCGGGACCGCCAGGAAUGGGAGUACGUGUUUUUGGUAACUCAAUAUCCGGUUCGCCAUUAAUAAGUCUUCCAUCUGGGACUACAAUAACACCUACACCUCCGUUAGGGCUGAAUACAGAGAACAUAAACGUUCCUAGUGUGAAGAUAAACCAUUUUGGUAUAUUGAAUCAAACACCACACUCACCUAAAGCAGACGUUAAAAUGUCAAUUAUUGAUUCGGUUAAGCCAAAAAAACGAGGCCGCAAACCUGGCGGUAAAAAUCUAUUAAAACAAACCAAUUUUACAUCACAUUCCCUGGUUGAAUCUGCAAAAAGGGAAAAAUCUACGAAUGAAAUCUUACUCCCGCCUUCCUCAUCUGUGAUGGUCGUGUCCCAAAAUAUCUUGAACGUCCCAAUACCAACAGAGCCUCUUAACCUAUGCAAUUCUGAACAAGUCUCGAGUGAAUCUUUACAAAAUUUUCAUGCACAAGAUAAAAAGGAAAGAAAAAAGAACAAAUCAAAAUAUGACACUAGCAUACCAGAAAAUAUAAAGGAAUUCACUAACAACGUGUAUUCCACAGAAAAAAAAACCGCAACAAUAACUUCUUCUAUUUACGCUCCUAAAAAAAAGAAUAUUGUACCCUGUCCAGAUCCAUUUAUGGCAGUUUCCAGCACAUUAUCAAACACAUCAAUGUACUCAGGUAACCAACCCGGAAUGGUUCCUCUGCUUCCGUUGUUGCACUUUCCGCCGCGACCGGGCCUGAUACCUUCGGGACCUGGUCUUUUUCCUGCUGUAACUGGUCUGGUCGGAUUUGGCAAUAAUAGUAACAGAGUCGGUAUUACGCCGUUUAUAGCGUUCUCAGGUCAAGAUGGAUCGGUUCCUGAUGCCGUUAGAUGUCCACCAAAUAAAGAUUCUGCUGAUACUGAUUCUAAUCAGUUCCUGAGACGAUCGUCUACCCAGACGGACCUGCAAAUGGAUCGAAACUACUGCAACGUUGCCCCGUUGGUUCCAGACUCAAUGAAAUUGGCCGAUUGUAAAGCUUUAACUUGUGGCAAUGACUUGGUUCCACCUAAAUUUAUGAAAAAACCAUUAGUGCAGGCUUCUGGAAAUCUUGGUGAUCCAAUUGAGGUCUCCGAUGACUCAGAUGAAUCAAUACAAAACAGGCAGCUGGCUCAAAGAAAAUCCCCAUUAUCAUCUCCAAUCCUUCCUAGAUCAAGCUUGAUACAGCCUCUAUCGUUUGCACCGUCUACAUCUAUAUGUGAAGAUGAUUCCCAUCUGGAUAUAAGAAAUAACUUGCUUUCAAGCUCCAGUGAAUCAAUCAAAAAAUUGAAGAAGCCGGUUAAAAUGACCCUUCCCGAUGUUAAAAACAUAAUUCACGCAUCUCCUUCAUCUUCAUCAUUUCCGCAAUUCAACUUGCCAAAUUUUAUGGGAGGUGGUGACAAGUUCAGUUUAGCUGGGGGAGCCGAUCUCAUCCCAUUGUCAAGAGUGGAUUGUGGAUCUGCUUAUUCAUCUCAUAAGGUGCCAUCUAGUAGCUUGACAGGGGCCGCUACAUCGGGGAUAAACCCCAUUCUGACAAAUCAUAUGAACAUUUCAGAGGAGCAGAAAUUUUUGCCAACAUUUGCAAACUACGAAGAUAUUACAAUCACACCAACUGGAGCAAUGUCGAUAGAUCUUAAAGGUCGCAAACAUCAUAAAAAGCUUAAAAAGAUUAAGGACGGCAAAAUUAAAAAAAAAAAGGACAAAAAAGAUAAAUCAAAGAGAAAAGAUCGAAUCGGCAUAACGUCCUAUAAGACCGACCGAAAAAUUAAAGGGCUUGAAAAAAAACAGAAAAAGGAAAAGAAAAAGGAUAAGGAUAAGCAGAUUUUAAUCCAUAUACCGGAUGAAGCAGAAGAGUUUCCCAGGGUGCCAUUAAUAAAGCAUGUUGAACUUGGAUCUGCUCAAAGUGUACUCGUCAGUGCACCUGUGUUGAAACUAAGUCCAAUGAUUAUAAAACCGACGGUAACGGUCACACGUGCAAUGUCUCCUAAGUUACAGCCGUCUCCAAACCAAAUACCAAAACUAACACUGAAACUUUGUGGAAAAUCUACACCGCUUCCAAUUUCGGAAAACAACACAGAGGCUUCUGAUACAGAAAUAGAAAAACAGACCACUACAAUUCCCGUAGACAAGAUUGAGCGUGAACGCCAUAAUUCUCCGGAGCUAGCUCGCUUUUCCCCAUUAGUCACUGGGCCACCUAAAAACAAACAAUCUGAUACACAUUUAUUGAGCAUCUCCAGCACGGCACCCUCUUUAAACAACAGUUCUAAUAGUUCCGCGCCGUUACCCACCCCAAUAGCUACGAGGCCAACACAGAUUCCGAUAAGUCAUCAACAAACUUCAUCUAAUUCAGCCGGUUGGUUGUCGAAUUCUAAUAACAGUAACGCUGCUUCGUCUACGCUUUCGGCUAGUUCUGUUUUGUUACCACAGCAAUUGAUGUUAAAUCCUAAUCCGAUUAUAAAUAACUUUUCAUCAGUAAUGACCAAUAGUGCAGGGCCCGCACCAAGGAGGGGCUCUUUCAGUCCUGCCACAAAUAUUCCAGAAGAUAGCUUGAAAGUUGCAGAAACAAGUCGCCCGUCAUCAUAUGUUGACGCCGAAGGGAAUCGUAUAUGGAUAUGCCCUGCUUGUGGAAAGGUAGACGAUGGUUCUGCUAUGAUUGGAUGUGAUGGCUGCGAUGCGUGGUACCACUGGAUCUGUGUAGGUAUUACUUUUGCACCUAAGGACAAUGAUGAUUGGUUCUGCCGCGUUUGCGUUACAAAAAAAAGAGUUCAUGGGUCAGACAAGAAAAAGAAACGAAACAAGAAAAAGUGAUUUUUAAUUAUGUUAAAAACAACUUAUUUUAGCACUAUUAUGUAAAUGUAAAUUUUUAUAUUCGUAAUUUUUUAAUUUAUACCUAGAUAACCCGUAGCGGGAUUUCUUUGUCGUAUAAAACAAUUUAAUGCCUUAAUAAAAAUUGUGUUUGUUAUUUUAAA